CGCGGUGAAAUGGUGCACAAUUCUUCGUGGCAGAAUCCAAUAUCCACCAUGGACAACAAGUUCAUCCCGCAGGCGAUUCAGCUGGUGACGCAAGCAAUCCAGGAAGACACAAACAAGAACUAUGAAGCCGCGUUCAAGCUGUACCAGCAGUCGCUCGAGCACUUUAUGAUUGGCGUCAAGUACGAAAAGAACCCGACCUCCAAGGCGAUCAUCAUGAAGCGUGUGGAGGGGUACAUGACUCGUGCCGAGCAGUUGCGUGAGUUGCUCGAAGGACAAGCGAAACCCAAGGUCGUCGCCGCCGGCGGCACGGCCGAAAAAGAAAAGGACGACGAAGAGACGGAUGGCGACGCCGAAAAGAACAAGUUGCGCGGCGCGCUCGCAUCGGCGGUUGUGUCGGAGAAACCCAACGUGAAAUGGGACGACGUCGCGGGUCUCGAGGCGGCCAAGGAAGCGUUGAAGGAAGCAGUGAUCUUGCCCGCGCGGUUCCCGCAGCUCUUUACAGGCAAACGUCGGCCGUGGAAGGGCAUCUUGCUCUACGGGCCGCCCGGAACCGGCAAGUCGUACCUCGCCAAGGCCGUGGCCACCGAAGCCGACUCGACGUUUUUCUCCGUUUCGUCGUCCGAUCUUGUGUCGAAAUGGCAAGGCGAGUCGGAAAGAUUGGUGAAAAAUUUGUUUGAAAUGGCACGGGAAAAGAAGCCGAGUAUCAUUUUCAUCGACGAAAUCGACUCGUUGUGCUCGAAUCGGAGCGAGGGCGAGAGCGAUAGCACGCGGCGCAUCAAGACCGAAUUCCUCGUGCAGAUGCAGGGCGUCGGCCACUCCCACGACGGCAUCCUCGUACUCGGCGCGACCAACGUCCCAUGGGAGCUGGACCCGGCCAUGCGGCGGCGGUUUGAGAAACGCAUCUACAUCCCGCUGCCCGAAGUGCACGCGCGCAAAGUGAUGCUCAAGAUCCAUCUGGGGGACACGCCCCACAGUUUGAACGACGCCGACUUUACGACGCUGGCGGCCAAGGCCGAAGGAUGUUCGGGGAGCGACAUCUCGGUACUUGUGCGCGAAGCCCUCAUGGAACCCCUGCGUCAGUGCCAGCAAGCGCAGUUCUUUUAUCGGUGCGACGAGAAAGCGCAUCCUGCCAAGAACGGGCCGUUCCUGACCCCAUGUGAAGACGACCCGCCAUGUCCCCACUGCCACAUGAAGCUGUCGUCGGUAGAGACAAACAUGUGACAGUACAUGCAGGACAUCAUGUGUGUGUGUGGUAGUGCGCUCCAACCUGCGCGGGCUGCAAGGCGCCGUGUCCGCGGUGCGGGUCCUACCGCAUGCGUCUGUACGACUUGCCCGACCGCGGCUUCAAAGACGACCAGCUCAAGCCCCCCAUGGUGUCGAUGACCAACUUCAACAAGGUGCUGGAGCACUCGAUUUCGAGUGUCGCGCCCGAGGAACUGAACCAGUUUAUCAAGUGGACCACCGAGUUUGGACAGGAAGGUUAACGAACGUACUAUAUAGUAUACGACAUGCAUGCAUGCACCUUCUUCACACUUCCUUGUCGUACACGACCUCCAUGCAUGCAU